AUGUCUUCGGAUUAUAGCGAACCUAUUACUGCUGAUGAUGCCGAGUUGGAUGACGAUGUAUCUCAAGGACCCACAAAGAGGAUUCGAAAACUAACUUCAAAGGUAUGGGAUGACUUUAUCAAAUUUAAAGGACCUAAUGGAAAUGACAUAGCUAGAUGUAAGCAUUGCAAUAGGGAAUUUGUUGGAGAGAGUAGGAAAGGGACUAGUCAUUUAAAAAAUCAUUUGUCGAAGACAUGUCCAGUACUUAAAGAGCCAAAUGCCCCUAGGAUUGCUAGUAAGGCUGCUUCUGAAUCUACUCCUAAGGCUGCAAAUUUUAAAUUCGAUCAAGAGAGAAGUCGUAUGGAUUUUUCUAGGAUGGUAAUCAAGCACAAUUAUCCUUUUAACAUGGUUGAGCAUGAAUUUUUUGAAAUAUUUUGUAAUAAUCUUCAACCAAUGUUCAAACUUGUUUCUCGUAACACUGUUAGGGCGGAUGUCCUUGAUGUUUAUGAAAUAGAAAAGGCCAAGUUAUAUCAAUUUUUGGAUGAACUCUCUUCUAAGAUCACCUUGACAACUGAUAUAUGGACUUCAGACCAUCAGAAUUUUGCCUAUACAUGUUUGACUGCUCAUUAUGUGACUAAUGAUUGGGAGUUGAAGAAGAAAAUCCUUGCUUAUAGACGCAUUGAUUACCCGCAUGAUGGAGACCAUUUGUUUAGUUUUAUCAAAGAUCUAAUUUUAGAGUGGAACAUAGAUAAGAAGUUAUUUUCAAUGGUAGUCGAUAAUGCAACGAGUAAUGAUGUCAUGGUGAGACUCUUAAAGCGAUGGCUACAUGACCAAGGAUUACUACAUUUGGGUGGACAAUUGUUUCAUGUGCGUUGUAGCGCGCACAUAUUGAAUUUAGUUGUUCAGGAUGGUUUGAAGGUGAUUGGGAGUCUUAUUUCAAAAAUCCGAGAAAGUGUGAGAUAUUUAGGGAGGUCUCCUUAUGGAAAACAAAAAUUUGAUGUUGCAGUGAAUCAUGUUAAGUUACAUCAUAAAAAGAAAGUCCCCAUGGAUGUUCCUACCAGAUGGAACUCCACUUAUUCAAUGCUUGAAGCUGCAUUAGAUUUGAAAAGUGCAUUCCACCGCUUAGGGCAAAUUGACAAACAAUAUAAGCACAAUCCUUCUGAGGAUGAGUGGAAUGUAGCAAAUUGGUACCACUUUUCCGACUUCAAAUGUGUUUUUUCCCGAUAUUUGUCUUAUUCAACUUGA